AUGCGUGUUUGCUUUAGGUUAUAUAAGUUAUAUUCGCGCAAGUAUAUCAGAUCCAGGGUAUUUAGAGUUUUUUAUUUUAUAAAAAAUAAAAUAAAAAUAAAAAUAAAAAAGUGUAGAAUAAAAAAUAUACCUUUAUAAAAUAUUAACAAAUAAGUAAAAUAUUGUUACAAAUGUUCGUUAAACCCUUGGAAACCAGACAGAGUUCACAAUUGUAAAUAUUGUAAAAAAUGCAUUUUUAGAAUGAAUCAUCACUGUGAUUGGAUAAAUAAUUGUGUAAGAAUUAAAAAUCAUAAAUAUUAUUUACUUUUUAUAAUAUAUAUAUUAAUAAUAUAUUUUUUUGGAUUGAUUUUAAUUUUUUUAAAUGAAAUACUUUAUUAUUUAUCCAAUGAUUUUUUAAAAGUUUUAUUUGAUAUAACUUUUACAAAAAUACUUUGUUUAAUAUAUUCUGCACUCAAAUUAAACUGUAGUUGA